GGACACUUACGCAAGGUCUCUUGCUCAGCCGUGCAACUCGAGGCGAUUUGCGGUCCACUUUGCCACAACUCUGCCUCCCAACUCAGCACCGCUCCACACCUCAGUGCAGCCGAGCGCGGCCGUGCCUUUGAACCAUGCGGCUUGGUGCUGUCCAUUUUGCCCUACUGGUCGCCGGGGUGUCGUUUGCCUGCUACUCCCCGAGCUUGAAUUCUUUGCAGGACCAAGCCUAUCGUUCAGCGGUGGUGAUCGAAGGCAAGGUGCAAUCAAUCCCAAAUCAUACCACCGAGCCUUACAGUGUUCAUGUCAAAGUGUUGGAUGUGUGGCCAGUUCAUAGCGGGGGUCUACAGACAGACCAGCUCAUCACGGUCGAGGAUUUUGGAUCAGAAACACCAUGCAUCAAAGUAAAGAAGAAUCAGAAAUAUAUCUUUUUCAUGGACCCAACAGAUGAGCCGUUAGUAUUCAAGACAUCAUUUGCUCCACUAGAUACAGGCGGAAAGAAUCUAAAAAAAGAUGUUGGGAGGAUCUUGUGUGAGGACUGCGCUGUUCCUCCAAAGCUGAAGAAACUGAAGAACCAAACUCUUCUGGAAGGACAAAAGCUUUCUCUGAAAUGUGAGGCAGUAGGAAAUCCCCGACCCACUUAUAAGUGGUUCAAAGAUGGAAGAGAGAUAAAGAAAAAUAAAGAAAUCAGGAUAAAAUCUGGGAAAAAAAACUCAAGACUUCAAAUAAAUAAACUGAAGGUGGAAGAUGCUGGGGAAUAUACGUGUGAGGCUGAGAAUGCAUUAGGCAAAGACACUUCAAAAACUACCAUUAAUGUGCAAGCGGCUGCUACAACUACACUCUCACCUGAAUCUGGACAUGCAAGAAGGUGCAAUGAAUCGGAGAAAUCCUACUGUGUCAAUGGCGGUGUGUGUUAUUAUAUUGAUGGUAUUAAUAAACUUUCUUGCAAAUGCCAACCUGGAUUCUUCGGACAAAGAUGUUUGGAGACUGAACCCUUGAGAACAUAUAAACCUGAUCUAAGUAUGUUAUUGUGUCCAAAUGAAUUUACAGGUGAUCGCUGCCAACACUACGUAAUGGCCAGUUUCUACAAGCAUCUUGGAUUUGAAUUUAUGGAAGCUGAGGAACUGUAUCAAAAGAGAGUCUUGACCAUUACUGGCAUUUGUGUUGCUCUUCUUGUCGUUGGAAUUGUGUGUGUAGUGGCAUAUUGUAAAACAAAAAAACAAAGAAAAAAAAUGCACAGCCAUUUGAGACAAAACCUUUGUGUAGACCAUCAAAACCGAAACCUUGCCAAUGGACCCAACCAUCCUGGUCCUCUCCCGGAAGAUAUUCAAAUGGUUGAUUACAUUUCAAAAAAUGUCCCAGCUCCUGAACACGUGAGACGACAUGAAACGGAAACUUCAUUUUCUGCAAGCCAACCAUCGUCCACGUCUCAUCACUCUUCCACAGUUACACACACGUCCAGCCAUAGAAAUGGUGACCACACAUGGAGCAUAGAUCGGACUGAGAGUGGAACUUCAGAAAUGCAUUCUGGAAUGAUGACAUCAUCAUUGGAAACCAGUAAAUGUAACAGUCCCCUGGAACCACGAGGCAGAUUAAGUGCAGUCUGUAGUCACCAUGAUACAAGGCAUCCAAUCUUCCAUUGCAGGGACUCAGUGGAUUCUCUCAGAGACUCACCUCAUAGUGACAGGUAUGUGUCUGCUCUCACAACACCAGCUCGGUUAUCGCCUGUUGACUUGCAUUACUCUCUCCCUUCAUAUGCACCUGGUUUUGAGAUGUCUCCACGUGGAUCUACCCAUGUAACGACAUUGCCUCCAGCAGCAGUUGGAUAUACAGUGGAAGAUGAACAGCCUUUGUUGAGAAAAUACCACAAGUACCAACAAGAUAACCAGAGACACGACCCCUACAAGCAGCGCCACAGCUAUCUUCAUGACAGCUUUGGAAGUCUGCCCCCUAGUCCAAUGAGAGUGGCAGAGGAUGAUGAGUACGAGACAACACAAGAGUACAUCCCAGCACUAGAUAGACCAAAGAAAACGGCAAACAGCAGUAGAAGAUGGAGGAAAACAAAACCAAAUGGUCACAUUUCACACAGAUCUGAAUGCGAUUGUGACUCAAACUCAGAAAGUUGCUGCUCUGACACUGAUUCUGAUGGUGAGAAAGCAGGAGAGCAUACACCUUUCUUAAGCACUCAGAACCCUGCAGCACCAAACACAGAAACAGCGUCAGUAUUCCGGUCUUCUGAUAGUAGGACUCACUCAUCCAAUAGGCACAACGUACGAGAGGACUUACACACCCGAGUAACACGUGUAAAAUCAAAUCAAGACUCGAUCCCUGUGUAAAUGCCAUAGAUCUGCAACUGUAAAAAUAUUUUAUUUUAUAUAAUUAUCAAAUAUUCUAAAAUUAAAUUAAACAUUUUAUUUUCAUUUUAGCAAAGUUGUCUUACAGCUAACAGGAAAGUCUUUUAUAGGAAAACAUGUAUUUAUAUGUAAAGUAUGAUUUACAGUUAAAGAUGAUGGUGUGUCAGAUUUUCACAUCAUAAAUAGGAUAAUAUUGUGGUGCCUUUUGCUGUAUGCUGAUACCAGAUUUCCUGCUGAUGUUUCAGUUUUUUUAGUGUUUCUAUCUUGGACUCGUUAUAUUAUACAUUUUCAAUUUUUUAUUUUAUUUUUACCAUGAACUUUCUUACAUUUGGACAGUUAUAUUUCUUUGAAUUCUGGACAUGGACAUCUGUAUCUGAUAUUAUUUAUUGAUGUACUGGUUCCUGCAACAUCAAGUGACAUCUUGGCUGAACUCUAUUUUGUUUGAUUGGGAGGACAAAAUAUAGUUAUAUUUAUUUUUCUGCCCUCCAACAGAUUAAUAAAUAUUUCUUACUUUAAACCAGAAGAAUACAACAGUGAAGAUUAGAUUAAUAUUUGCAGCCCAUCUCAACCUAGGAAUUUACCAGAAUAAGAUCCCUUGGCAGCAGAUUGGCAGCAUGUUAUCUGAGUCUACUGACAACCACCAACAUAAAAAUUGAAAGGUCAGUGCAAACCAGACGUGACAUUUAGACGUCACUAAAGAGUCUGCAACAUUUGCAGUUAUUUGGGUUUUCUUUAUCAGUAAUCUCAACUAUUUUCACUAGAAAAAGUACAAAAGCACCAUUUGACAAAAACAUAAGAACACUUUCAUUUUAAUAUUAUUUCCAAAUAUAUUUUGAAAAUGGUCAGAUUGGAAACUGGAAAUUAAUAAGCAACAACUUUGUGGUAAUUUGUUUUUGAUGGGAUUUUUGCAACAUGAUUUUGCAUGUCUUAACCAUUCCAAAUGGACUGAUGCAUGGAAAGCUAGGAAUGAAAGAUUUAACAUGUUUUUAAUGAACUGCAUAACUUUUCAUCUCUUGUCCUUUUUAGUGCAGGUUUAUUAUGGGUUCUGCAAAUCUUUUAUUGGUACAUUUCAAUUGUUUGCCAUGCAGGGCUGUGAAAUAUGGAAUUAGCAUUAUCCAUUUUGAAAUAAACCUAUAUUCUUUACUUUCAAUGAA